ACAAUCAGAAACACAGAACAAGAGUGAAACAGCAGAAGGGACCGAAGCUAAAAUAACCGAAAGAGUCGGACACAACGAUGGAAAAAACAACCGAGAGUCGUACGCAGCGACAACACAAGACAAACUGAAACGGGAAAUAGAUUCAGGAAGAGUCUGACAGGGACCAGAACCCACCAGAACCACCACGGGACCAGAACACAGGAACCUCCAGGAUGGACUAUGAGCCAAAGAAAUCCAAGAAGGGCUUCGUUUCGCCCAUCAAGCGGCUGGUUUGGUCCAAAUCCGGUCGCCGGUCGGUGGAUCGAGGCAGCGUUUACCGCCGACCGCUGCACACCGUCCCCCUCUACGCCCCCGACUACCUCAUCCACCCUGAGAGGCUCAUCUUCGACUACGUAGAGAAGGAGGUCAAGUUCCUUGGUCACCUGACUUGGGUGUCGGUGUCGCUGAACCCGUCCAGUCGAGACGAGCUGCUGCAGCUGCUGGACGCUGCCAGGCAGCUGAAGGUGCUGCCGUUGAAGACCAGCGUGGAUCAGGACUGUAUCCUGAGUCUGUCGGCUCGCUGCCUGCUGCUCACCUGGAGAGACAACGAGAAGCUGCUGAUGAGGAUCCCGACUCACGAGAUCGCUGCUGCCUCCUACCUGAGAGACGACGCACUGCACCUGCUGGUCCUCAAGACAGGUCUAAACGUUGACACGGUGGUUGCCGGGGACGACAGCCUGGACAGGAAGAAGCCAGCAGGUAUUGACGGGCGACGCCAAACCAUGAGCUGCAACGCCGACCCUCGACCUGCAGGGGGCACCAUGGAGCGACGACACACCAUCUGUGGGGUCGACUGGAGGCCUUCGCUGUCCAGGAGCAACCACGACAAGAACCAGGCUGUGGAGAGAGGAGGUGGAGGAGGAGGAGGAGGAGCAGAGAGAGGAGGAGGAGCAGAGAGAGGAGGAGGAGCAGAGAGAGGAGGAGGAGCAGAGAGAGGAGGAGGAGGCAGUCUGGAGAGGAAGAGGGUCGGAGGGAGCUGGGAGAGGAGGCAGCAAACCAGGAAGACCACUGGAGGCAGCUGGGAGAACCGCAGGGCCCGACCCAUGAGCGGCAGCUGGGGGGUGGGAGGGGGAGGCAGCUGGGAGAGGAGGCACGGAGGAGGCGGAGGAGGCAGCUGGGAGAGGAGGGGAGGAGCAGGAGGAGCCGGAGGAGGCAGCUGGGAGAGGAGACAAGCCUGCACAGGAAGCUGGGAACGGGGGAAGAGCUACGGCAGCUGGGAGAGGAGGAACCACAACCCUCUGGAGCCGACGCCCUGCCCAGACGCCUACUGCAACCUGGUCAUCCUGGCCGUGGAGAACAGGGAUGCUGCAGAGGAAUACUGCUCCCUGAUCUGUCAGAUGUUUCAGAUCAUUUAUGGACAUCAGACCAUCGAGUGUGUGGACAGGGCGGGCUUUCACCACACCAUGCCGGACCGCUAUUGGCUGCAGAGGAGUGACAGCUGUCUGACUGAUAUGUCGUACAGUUAUGAUCCAGAGUUCAGCUGCUGCAGCUCGUACGACGGCUCCCAGGAAGCCUUCGAGCUCUACUACAGUGAAACCUACAGCGAGAGUUCGUCGUUGUCGCUGCAGGAUUCCCGUCGCAGUUUAGCUUCGGUCAGCGACGGAGGCGACAGCAACCCGGCGCUGCUGCUGAUGCAGGAAUACAUGAUCACUCUGCGUAACAAACUGAGUCCGGUAGAGCUGCAGCAUUUUGCCGUGCUGCUCAGAGAAUACCGUCUGGGAUCCAACAUCGAACAUUUCUGCUCCGAGCUGCUGCAGCUUUACGGAGACAACCGCAAGUUCCUGCUGCUGGGAAUGCGUCCGUUCAUCCCAGACAAAGACGUCGGAGCGUUUGAGAGUUUCCUGGAAAGCAUCGGGAUCCGAGAAGGAGGAAUUUUAACUGACAGCUUUGGACGAAUCAAACGCAGCAUGAGCAACACGUCGGCUACAGCCAUGAGAGGCAGGUACGACAGUUGCUCUCUGGCUUCAGGAUCUCAGGAAUUUAACCGACGAAUCACCGACAUCACCCACGACAUCCAGGCGUUGGGCUUCCAGGACACUCAUGGAGACAUCGAGGAGGAGGAUUACUACCUCUGAUGGAGAAAUAGACUGAAUUCAGACAGCUUUUAAACUAAAUCCUCCCUAAAUAACUCUGAACUGCAGCAGCAUGAACACUAUAACAAAACUAAAAUACUGGAAAUAAGUUGUAAAUUUAAUUAAAGCUGCAUGCAGCGUUGGUCGGGUUCUCUAUCCUUGCUGGUGAGAGAAUCCAAGCAUGUCCACCAGGUGGCGCUGCAACUGAGAGUGUAUUUCAGCCUAUGGAUAUGAUGAGGGUCCACCUCUGACCAUACAUGUAAAGUUUGACAAGGACUGAAUAAAAUUACUAAAUCAGCAUCAAAUGUUAAA